AUGAGCUUCUCCUUUGAGUCAGCUGAAUCUAAGCCUGAUGGCUCGUCCCUGCUCCAUGAAGAGAACUCUACAGGUAUCGCUUUACCAAAGAGCGGUCCGAAGGAGCAAUCAGGAUCAAACAAGGGCCAAUCAGAGCAGCUUGUGCAACAUGACUCGUUUCCGUAUUGCAAACGUGAAUGGAACGCUCGCAAGGAAUUAGCUGCACGCAAGCUUGAGCUCAAGAAGCUCCCUUGCCCUCUUCAAAAUCUUUCUAUGGCAGACUAUUAUUGGACAUAUUGCCUAGGCAGUCCGUGUCUCCACGGGUUCUACCCUAGAUAUAUUCGUGGGCGUCGGAUUAUUUGCCCUGCUUCGUUUGAGGCUCUCAUGGGAUCGGAUUUUUAA